GUAGCCCAGGUCGAUCAGUUCCUACGAGAGGCCCUCGAGAAGCCAAGGGAGAGGCUUUCUGUGCUAAGAAUGGAGCAAGAAAUUUUGAAGUUCAUUCAUGACCCUAGUCGUACAGAGUAUGAAUUCAAUGGCCUUCCAACUUCGUAUCUGCGUCUUGCUGCACAUCGCCUGGCGCAACAUUACUUCUUGCAGUCCAUUGACAUACCAGACAACAGUUUGCCUGAUGGAACUGGUUCACGUAUCAUCCUUCGUAAGACAACAUUCGACUGCCGACUGCCUGCUGUCCGCCUUGCAGAUAUUCCAGUUAAUCUACCACAAGAAGACAUCUCUAUGGCAAGAGUAGCUAUUAAGCAGAGACCUCAAAAGAAUUUCCAUGGCAUGAACAGCUCAAGUGCUCACUCUUCUAGAGACAACCUCCAAAAAAGCGUCAAAGAAAGAAAAGAGGAAUACAACAAGGCACGAGCGCGGAUAUUUAACAACAGCAAUAGCAGUACUGCUACUGAUGAGAGAUGCACCACCUAUCUUCCUCCUCCCCCUUAG